AUGACGUCCUAUGUCACCAGCAGCAGGCUGUAUAGCGAAGGAGCUGUCGUGGGACACUGCCUUGUUUGGGUCGUUUUUUGGAGUCUCUGCCACUUUGCGAUGGCUGUUCCGGCUGGCGCGCUCGAGCGCAUGAUGGUCAAUGAUCCACAGGCGAAGCAUGGUGGGCAGAGACAGCGCUCCGUUUACGUGAGGCGACUCUGCCGUAGCCAGCUCUUCUGCCUUUUGAGCCUGGUCGGUGCCGCCGGGCUGAUAUCGGCCCACUGCUGCCUUUCGCAAGACCUUCUCUUGGACUUCACUUCGCAUCAUCAGGUACUGUUUAGCAUGGCGUUCGGACAUUGGAUCGUGAGUUUCUUCGAGGAUCUCAAUUGCAGUGGCUUCAUGGGCGGCGGACUGGACAGCAAGGCUCUUCCCGGAAUCCGAGAUCCUUCCACUAUUCUUUUUCAGGGCUUUCUUCUCCACCACCUGGCGGCUGGAGUGAGCUAUGCCGCCCUCCUUCGCUACCGGCUGGGCUGUGUGGGAACGCUGGGACUCCUCUUCGAGCUGCCGGUGCCACUCCUAGCUCGUCGCGAGUUGUCACGGGUUGUCGGGCGGCAGGCUGCUUGGUCCAGGUGGAUGUCGGAACGGACUUCUGUCAGCGAGCACUGGCGAUACACCUACAUUUUGUUCCUCGUGGGCCGAGGGGGACCGAUGGCAGCUUAUGUGUAUUCCGUGCUAUGGUUCCAGGAUGAUCUGGCCAAGCUGCAGCUGCCUGAACUGUUGCUGUACCACAGCACCUGCAUCUUCUUCGGUGUUUGGAACUACACCUUCCUGUCUGUGCUGGAUGCAUGGUGCCGGGCCGAUGUCGCGGCCGCACUUCCAGAGCUCUUCGAGGAGGACCCAGAACAGCCUGGACCUGGUGCGGAAACACCUCAAACACCUCAAGAGCCUGAGGCCGCAGCGCUCUACGAGGUCGACGCGGAGGUCCUGGCGUCCAAAGCAGACAGUGGUCUUCUUUGGCUGGUGAUUGAAGGCGUGGUCUACGACCUUUCGCUUUGGCAUGAGCACCCAGGAGGUGUGGAAGUGCUGCGUCAGCUUGCAGGCAAGGAUGCCACUGGCGAGUUUCAGCAGGCCUGCCCGGCUCUCCACUCUUCUCUUGCCUCCGUGUCCAGAUAUCAGGUUGGUGCCUUGAGGCUUCCACCGCGGGAGUAUCGAAUCUUCGAACAUCCAUUGGAGGAGGAGGCGAUGCGAAGGCUGCUGACUUUUGCCCUGCCGAGCUUGAGCUUGGGCGCCGUCGGCUUCCAGGCCUUCCUCCAACAUGUGCCAGACGCGCCUUUGCGAGACGCGGCUGGUCGGAGCCCUGGGCCACUCUGCGGGCUGCUGGCUGCAGUGGCCGCUGCAGCUUUCGGCCUUGUUCUGCCCGUGAGGCGUCUUCUCGGCACAGCCUCAGCCUGUGGCACAGGCUCGGGCUGGCAUGCCCACAUCAUUGCAGUCUGCAUUGUUGGCUUGUACGGAGCCAUUCCCGGUGCUUCCUCCACAAUGACGGCGGCAAUGGUCGACGCAGCUCCCGAGGGCCUGGAGCGGCUCUCCGUCGCCUUGCUGGCCGUGGAGCUCAUCCUUUCUCCGGCCACGACACCUCCAGUGCUUCCCGCGCUUCUCUGCCUCCUCAGCUGGCAUGAUCGAGGCCUGCAACCAUCCCACUUUCUGCAGGAAGGUGUGUAUGUGCCGUGGGGUUGGUGCAUGGCUUGUGUGGGCUUCCUGGUGGUGGCGACGCGGCUGGCAGAUGGCCAUGCCGUGAAGAGGGCCCUGGCCCUCCUGGUGCUCUAUGCACCCGCAGCGGUGGGCGUCUACAUGGCCAUGCAGCCAGAUGCCAGCGAGCUCCGCCAAAUCUUUGCAUCACCCUUGAGAGCAGUCGGCCUCAUCAUCAUUGCCAGCGUCACCAGCAUGAUCGCCAUUUGUGCUUUGCUGGGGAUGGCCGUCCGGUGCUCGCCCCGUUUUGCCACACGCAGUUUGGCCUUCACCUUCGGCUUGCUCAGCUUGGUAUGCUGCGGGCUUUCGAGAUGGCGCUGGCUUCUGGCAGUGGCACUAGUACUGCACUUCUUGGAGCUGGCAAGGCAGCACCGCACCGCACUGGAUCAGGCGGCCUUGGCUGGACGAGUUGCAGAACUACCGUGGCACUUCUUGGGUGCACAGGCGCUUUGGGACACCAGUCGCGUGUCAUUCUUGAGCUACAUCUGGAGGGCUACCGUGUGCAAUCUGCAGAACGUGAUCACUUCCAUACUUCCAGAAGAGCUUCGGGUCUACGCUUGCGAGGCGCCGGUUCCGUACUACGGAGAGAAGGUGGCCAUGGGCCUGGCAGCGCAGUAUAUUCCGCCCAAGGCCCGUGGAAAGGACCGUCGCAGGCCCAAUUUCUUCGUCUGCAACGUCGGUCAGAUCGUGGAGUCCUGCAUGACGGAUCUGCAGCACACCAUGAACACGCUCGUCGACGUGUGGGGAGAGUUCCAUGACCCUACGCUUCCAGGUCUCUGUGCAAAUGUUGUCAUGGUAUUCCCCAGCUCUGAUCAGGGGUGGGCCAAGGAGAUCAACCUGUCUGUCUGGGAGUCAGGGAAGGAUGCCUUUGACUGGUACGUGAAGAGCAAGGGGCACAAGAAAGCCCUGAUGGAGCACACAUCCGGCAUCCUUCGUACGUUUGGCAACCUUUUGGCUUCUCUUGAACCUGUGGAGCCAAUCAAAUAUCAGGACAGAUGUCGACGAUGUGGGCGGACAGUCGAGGCCUCUGCGGGCCAGCCUGCGCACCCGGCCUGCCUGGUUUGCGGUGCCAGCACCUUCCGCUACAACCUCUUCUGA